AUGAAGGAAGACGUGGAGAAGGGUCUUCCCCCCAAGGAGGAGACCAUCAUCGACGUGGAGCUCACGGGCGUGCAAAAACAAUAUUACAGGGCAAUCUACGAGAAGAACGUGGAAUUCCUCCUGGGGGGCCGGAAGGCCGUCGACGGGCCCAGCCUGAUGAACCUGUGCAUGGAGCUCCGAAAGUGCUGCAACCACCCUUUCUUGAACAAGGGAGUGGAGCUGGACAUCCGGAGCCACGCAGAGGCCACGGGCAAAGUCUACACCUCUGACGCGGACCUGCUGCUCGUGCUCUUGGACAAACUGCUGCCCCGCCUCCAAGCAAACGGACAUCGGGUCUUGCUCUUCAGCCAGUUCAAAAUCAUGUUGGAUAUCCUCGAAGAUUAUUUGGAAGGGAGAAAAUUUUCCUUUGGACGGAUCGAUGGAACGGUCACGGGAGAGAAACGACAGCAGAUGGAUCGAUGGGAGUGGGAAAAAAUCCGUCGAACAUGCGUUCGGCAGGAGUGA